CGCUCAACUGCAGGCCCAACCGUCAGAGAGGAAGUUAAGGUAAGCGCUAGUUCGUUUGCUACUAGCCGGCUAACUUGCUAGAAAAAAAAGUAAACAAGUCUGUGGGAUGAGUUGGAGUUUUACCACGGGAUGAAAUAGCUUUUCAAGUAUGAAGGAAGAUAAAGAAAACACUCGUCCGAAGGAGAAAAAGGUGGAAAUAAAGUGUGAAGAUGCAGAAAAGGCGGAAAAGCCCAAGGAAAAGAAAGAGGCCAUGACAAAGAUUGUGAUCAGACGAUUACCACCAAGUCUGACCAAGGAGGAGCUGGAGGAGCAAUUGCAACCUCUCCCAGAGGUGGACUACCUGGAGUUUUUCUCCAACGACACCAGCCUUUACCCUCACCUCUUCGCAAGGGCUUAUUUAAAUUUUAAAAAUCAAGAGGAUAUAGUUCUCUUCAGAGAUCGAUUUGAUGGAUAUGUAUUCAUCGACAACAGAGGACAGGAAUAUCCAGCUGUUGUGGAGUUUGCACCUUUUCAGAAGACUGCAAAGAAAAGAAGUAAGAAAAAGGAUGCAAAAUCUGGAACAAUUGUUGAAGAUCCUGAAUACAAGAAAUUCCUUGAAAAUUACAAUGGAGAUGAAGAAAAGUUGGCAUCAACACCUGAGACUCUGCUGGAAGAGCUUGAGGCAAAAUCAAAAGAGCUUGUAGCUAAAAAAACAACCCCUCUGCUGGACUUCCUGAAGAAUAAACAGAGAAUCAGGGAGGAAAAGAAAGAAGAGAGAAGAAGGAGGGAGCUGGAACGCAAACGUCUGCGUGAUGAGGAGCGUCGUAAGUGGAGGGAGGAGGAGAGAAGGAAGCGCAAAGAGGCAGAGAAGUUAAAGAGGCUUGAGAAACCUCUGGACAAAGAAAAGGACCAUGUUAAAGAAGAACCAAAAAUUAAGCUCCUGAAGAAACCAGACCGAAGUGAAGAUGCUGAUUUUGAGAAGCCCAAGGAAAAAGCCAAGAAACCAGAGAAGCCAAAUAAAGAGGACAGAUCCAUGGGGAGUGCUGAUCAUAAGAGGCGUCAGAACAUUGAAAAUAAGGAGGAUCGAGGAAGGAAAAUGGACGAUCAAGGCCGGAAGGAGUUCAGGGAGCGUGAGGCAGAUCGAGAGCGCGACCGAGAGCGGGAGAAGGAGCGGCGGCAGAAAGAGAAGGAGCGCAUCAAGCGACAGGACGAAGAUCGACGGAGGAGAAGAGAACGGCAUGAUGGAGAGAACUCGUGCAGGAAGCAUCAGGAGGAAGAGGUUAGAAAAGAAAAAGAGCGUGCCUUGGAAAAGAAAAAGAAUGAAAACACUGGAGACUCCUCUCAGUCUGAGAGGCCUGAGAAGCCUGCCAAAGACAACAAGAAGGAAGAGAGUGGUAAAAAAGAGCGGCUGCGAAACAAGGACCGGCCUGCUAUUCAGCUGUACCAGCCGGGGGCCAGAAGCCGCAAUCGAGUUGUGGGAGGAGGAGGGGCUGAAUCCAACUCUGCCAACAGGAAGCCGGAUACCGAGACAGAGAAAGUGGCUGACAAAGUAGAUGAUUGAGCAUAUUUCUACUUACACCAUUUUAAGUUUGGUGAACAGAGAGGAGACAGGCCUGUGAGGCUCAGAUCAGUGAUGUGGCACCUCAGGGUGACGAUCAUUGCAGUUCAAGCAGGGCUGCAUCCAGGUCUCCCAGUCUCAGAGGCAGAGACAUGAUUGUGGAGCCUCUUAGUGCCUGAAUGUGACCCUCUUAAGUUUUAUUUGUUAGGAAAGGUACGAGUAACCUUUGGAAAGAGUUUGACUGUAGGGCACAUUAGAGGAAGCUUAAGUUUUCUUGGACCAUAUGAACUCAAAGUGACCUUAUUUCAACAUUGUUUGUUCCUGUGAUAUAAAGUGUUGUUCACACUGCAAACACUGGCUUUAAACAUGUUCAUCCAUAUCAUGGUGUAAAGGUAUAAAUUGACUUACCCGUAACUCAAUACGUCAACUUUGCCAAGCUCAUCGAUAUUGUUUCCACACUGUCUUGAGUAAGAUUUCUGUUGUAGCAUUUCCAUUUUCAGUUUGAAGUGUGCACUUGAAAUUUGCAUAUUAUGCUGCCUGGGGGAGGCAGACAGUCCAAAUGUAUGUGCAGAGCUUGCAUUCAAACUUUUCAUAGUCUGUAAGUCCAUAGUAGUUGUAGCCUUACAGGCACAGCACGUGCUCAAGGUCAUAGUCUGUACUUAACUGGUGAGACCAUGUGCUAUGUUUUUACACUCAUGCAGUGACUGCGGAGAAAUAGCCAUUUCUGACCAGACUGUUGUGUGACAGUUAUGUCUGCAUGCAGAGUUUCAAUCAGAUUAAUCAACCUGUGGCCUUCCCCCUUUUCUAAUCUGAAAUUCUCCAUAAAUGUUUAUGUGUGGUGUACUAAAGCGAAUGCAGCAUGAGAACACAUCACUGCUGGUGAUUCUGACACACAGUAGCCACACUGACUGGAAAUAAAUGAGGUUUCUGCUUAAA